UGCUAGUUUCCUUUUGCUGUAUCUUCUUCAUGCAGAAAAAGGUAAACAACAGCAAUUGAUUGUUCAAUACCCGAGAUUCAGCCGCGCAUUGAUAUUCUCUCUUUCUCUCUCUGAAACCUUUUCUCAUUACAGUCAAUGUAAACAGCUGUUCGUUUGGAUUGCUUGGAUUAUCACCGAAAUUUUACCGGCGGCGAUUUUGCAGAAGUUCGAUUCGAUUAGCUUGAGAAAACGCCGAUGUGCAGUGCAGAACUCUAAGACUUGGCUGGAAUAGUGAGAACGCCUCAACUUUUAAUUUCUAAGCAAUCAUGAAAAGGAGGAUUUUGCAAAGUACACAUCGGUUUGAUGCAAGACCUUUUGAGGUUUUUUCUGAUAAUUCAUGGCACCCUGUGGAAUCUUUACUAAUUAAAAGGGGAGCUAUAACAAUGAACGUGGUUUAUGGUGAUGAUAUAAUUGAAGAGCAGUUCCCAGUCUCCAAUCUCCGAAUAAAGACUAGACAAACUACUUUGGCAGACUGUUUGUCUUUUUUAAGACCCGGUCUGGAUGUUAGCGUACUUUCUACAGCGCAAUGCUCUGAAGAUUCAAGUGAGGAAAAUUUGUUGGAUCCCGUCUGGAGGGAAGCUAAAAUUUGUUCUGUUGAGAGGAAUCCUCACGAACGUCAAUGCGUUUGUCAAUAUUUUGUAAGGAUUUAUGUCAAUCAAGGUCCUUUAGGUGUAAUGAAAAAAGCACUCCAUAAAGAGACCAUUCCAGUACAGAUCAAUCAAAUUUCUAUUCUUCAAAGGCUUCAAAGGAACCCAUGUCAAAACAAGCCUUACAGAUGGGACUUGUCUGAAAACUGCUUGUCCAUUCAAAAUUAUAAAUUAUUCACAGGAAGAUUCAGUGCUGAUCUUGCAUGGCUAAUCACUGCAUCUGUUAAAAAGGAUGCUGAAUUUGAGGUUAGGUCGAUAGAUAAUAAGAUUGUCUAUGGAAUAAGGGAUGGAAAUUUGGAUGGGCUAUCUUCAAACGCUCUGAAUUUCAAAGAAGAAAAUGAACAACUAGUCCCCAUCAUUGUGCCACUACUUCCAACUAAUACUGUCCACGAUGAAGCUGACUGUGACCUGAAUUCUCCUGAAGCUGACCUGUCUUAUGAUUUAUUGGGUUUAAGACGGUCAAAGCGACGAUUCGUACAACCUGACCGCUAUAUGGGUGCUGAUUGUUUGUCCGAUUCUGAAUUUGAGAUCAGUCGAGUAGGAACAUAUAAAACAUACAAAUGGCACUACGUGGAAACGCCAUUAGCACUUUCAAUCCAGGCUGACCAUGCAUAUCAUUUUGAGGAAGACAGAUAUUUCGAGGAAAACAGAAGCACCCAAUCACAUAAAAGAAGCUCCAACGACACAGGAUUAAGAGCCGGAAAUUUGGUUUCAUCUGAUGAAAGAGUAAAUCAACAUCAAACUGAUAUUGUAAGAUAUCAACCUACAACUGUUCCUGUAAACGAAGAAAACAAUGAAAAGGAUUUUGAGGUGGCUGAUCCUUUUGAUGCAGAGAUUCCCGAGAAUUACUCAAAAGAAUUUGGUGAUAUAGUUUCUAAGUAUGUUGACAUAAGAUGUACCCCAAAUGUACAAAAUAAAUCUGUGUCUCAGUUUGAUUUGGCAGAGUAUCAAAGAGGACAGUGCAGUAUGGUACAAGAUAACAGAGGUCGGAGAAAGAGAGGAUGUAAUAACAUGUUUCCUGGAAAAGAGAGGGAUAGUUUUCGUGAUUCUGGACCAACUGGUUCAAAGAAAUCUUUUACUGUGAAUAUGUAUAGGGAUAUGAUAAAGAAAUGCACGGAGAAUAUACAAUCAAACAUUCACAAAGAACAGCCUCCAGUUAUUGAUCAAUGGAAAGAUUUCCGUGCCACUAGUUUCACAGGUCAUAAGGAGGGUCGUGACUCUCCUGCAGCUCAGGAUGACAGUGAAGAUGAGGACCCAGAAAUUCAGGGGCUGUGGAAGGAAAUGGAACUUGGAUUGACAUCCAUUUAUCUCCAUGAUAAUGAGGAAUCUAAGGACAAGAAAGUUGACCCACUUUCAGAUGACGAAGAUGAGAUUUGCAAACAUGAAUUCAUACUCAAUGAAGAAGUUGGGAUUUUAUGUAAAUUAUGCGGCUUCGUGAGUACAGAAAUAAGACAUGUCUCGCCAACAUUUCUACACUAUGCAAAUUCCAAUAAGGUUGGUGGAGGAAGCAAAGAUGAUCCAGAUCAUGAGAAAGCGGAUAAAGACCUGGCAGAUCUUUUUACCGUUCCAGCUUCACUCAACAUUCCCAUAUCCGACAGUGAAGAUAAUGUAUGGGCACUCAUACCCGAUCUAAAAGACAAACUACAUCUACACCAAAAGAAAGCAUUUGAAUUCCUCUGGCGAAACAUCGCCGGUUCAAUAAUACCAGCCUGCAUGGAGCCAUUAGCCAAAAAGAGAGGCGGUUGUGUCGUAUCUCACUCACCCGGAGCUGGCAAAACAUUUCUCAUAAUCGCAUUCCUUGUCAGUUAUCUAAAACUCUUCCCCGGUUCUAGGCCUUUAGUCAUUGCCCCCAAGACGACAUUAUAUACCUGGUACAAGGAAAUAAUCAAAUGGAAGAUUCCCAUUCCUGUUUAUCAGAUCCACGGUGGUCAGACUUACAGGGGAGAAGUGUCUAGGCAGAAACUAAGGACGUCGAAUUCAAAAGGACCAAAGCCAAAUCUAGACGUUAUGCAUGUUUUGGAUUGUCUCGAAAAAAUUCAAAAGUGGCUAUCCCACCCGAGCAUUCUCAUUAUGGGAUACACUUCGUUUCUGACAAUGACACGCGAUGAUUCGAAAUACUCUUAUAGGAGGCAUAUGAGUCAAGUUCUUAAACAAAGCCCCGGACUUGUGAUUCUCGAUGAAGGCCAUAAUCCGAGAAGCACAAAAUCAAGAUUGAGAAAGGCACUCAUGAAAGUUGAUACGGGUCUUCGGGUCUUACUUUCGGGCACGUUGUUUCAGAACAAUUUCGGCGAGUAUUUCAACACACUCACGUUAGCUAGACCCAGGUUCGUGAACGAAGUGUUGAAGGCACUAGACCCAAAAUUUAAGAAACGGAAGAAAGACUCGAUCACGCGAUUCUCGAUCGAAAACCGAGCGAGGAAAUUCUUCGUGGAUAAAAUCUCAAGGCAUAUCGAUUCAAACAAGACGAAGGAGAGGGCGGAAGCGUUGAAUUUGUUGAAAAAUUUAACAAGCGGGUUCAUUGAUGUGUAUGAAUGUGGAGCCACUGAGAAUCUACCCGGUUUACAAUGCUAUACACUAAUGAUGAAGUCUUCUCCUUACCAACAAGAACUUCUAGUAAAGCUUCAAAACCAAAGGCCUCAAUACAAAGGAUUUCCAUUAGAACUCGAGCUUUUGAUCACACUCGGUUCAAUUCAUCCAUGGCUAAUCCGAACAACUUCAUGUUCCGCUCAAUACUUCACCAACGACAUACUCGAGAAUCUCGACAAGUACAAAUUCGACCUCAAGAUGGGUUCCAAAGUUCGUUUUGUCAUGAGCCUAAUCCCCCGUUUAUUAAUCCGAAAGGAAAAGCUUCUCAUUUUUUGCCACAACAUCGCCCCAAUCAACCUAUUCCUUGAGAUAUUCGAAUCCUUCUACGGUUGGCGAAAAGGCGUGGAGGCUUUAGUCCUCCAAGGUGAUAUUGAGCUGUUUGAGCGAGGCCGAAUUAUCGAAAAAUUUGAAGAACCCGGAGGACCUUCAAGGGUAAUGUUGGCUUCGAUAAGUGCAUGCGCGGAGGGUAUAAGUUUGACAGCUGCUUCGCGUGUGAUCUUGUUGGACUCUGAAUGGAACCCGUCUAGAAGCAAGCAAGCGAUUGCGCGUGCUUUCAGGCCAGGACAAGACAAAAUGGUUUACGUCUAUCAGUUAUUGGCUAAGGGGACAUUGGAGGAGGAGAAACAUAGUAGAACCACAUGGAAAGAAUGGGUUUCGUGUAUGAUAUUUAGCGAGGAGCUUGUUGAGGACCCGUCUAAAUGGCAGGCGGAGAAGAUCGAGGAUGAUGUUCUUAGGGAGAUUGUGGAGGAGGAUAAGGCAACUUUGUUUCAUAUGAUAAUGAAGAAUGAGAAGGCUUCGAAUGUUGGAACUGAAACGCCCGGAUACAAAAAGUAAGUGCUGAAUCAUUUUGACGUGGAAUCGUAUCUUAAGUUAACAGAUUAGAAAAAAAACGCAAAUUUGGUUGUUUCUCAUUUGAGAGCUGUUGGGAUUGAAAAUGGUGGUCUAUUUUGUGGCUUAUGGGAGCUCUCUUUGGUGCGAAAAAAAAACUAAGCAGAUUUUGGUCGAAAAAAACUAUGGGUAACAACUAUUUAAGUCAGAUCUUUCUUAUUAAGCUUAAAUUAUUGGAUAGAAGAUUAUUUGUUCAUGGAUUUAGUAGGGGAGCUUCAAGUUGACAUGA